AUGGCAGAACAAGAUGCAGAAAGCAGUGUUGAACGCAUGCCUGUCGAGGUUAUCGUCAAGAUAUUCGCUUCUAUGGAGAGUAUCGGAGAAGUUCGUUCACUGAUUCUCGCAUCAAAGAAGUUCUAUGAUAUUUACGCCGAAAAUUCCAAUCAAAUCGCCAAGGGCCUCAUCCUCCACCAGCUUGGCCCGAAUGACUACAAGUUGGCUGUUAUGGCUAUUGAGUCCCGCAAAGUCAAUCCCCUGGAUGCAACUGAGCUGAAGCAAUUCUUCGACGACUACAUCCACCAUAAAGAAUGGGAACUCAAGCUAUUUCGGAUGCACACUGUCUUCCAUCUCCCUGAGCUCCAGGAUGCAGCCGAGUGCAUACUAAAAAGCGAGCAUGGACUUAUGAUACCGGAGAUUCAGGAAAUUAUUCCAGAGACACCCACAGAGCAUGCCCGAAAGAUUCGAGCUCUUUAUAUGCGUGAAAUCAUGCUUAAUCUCUUUCAUCAGAUUCCCAGUGGAUACAAGCAUACAUGUUCACCCCAGGGAGAACCUUUAUACGCAGAGACACCCUUUUUGGAAACACCUUUAUAUCCAGAGUGGGUGAUCGAGUUCCGGAAAAACUUCUGUUAUGGGGAACUCGUCCAAGCUGAGGCCGUUAAUGGCGAUUGGCCGCUUAAUUUCCUCGCUGCACUGGAGAAAAAUGAAAUCACUCUACCAAAAGCUCAACAUGGUCCAGGUUGCCAAUGCUUUAGCAAUGAGGGAAUUGCAAACCCGAAGCGGGCAACUAACAUAGCUGUAUCGAUAAAGGGGGGAUUAUUCGCAAACCUCGUCGACAUACGAAGACUCUAUCGUUGGUGUUGCCCAACUAGGACCGAUAUUGUUCCACUGCGUGCAGAGUGGUUGAAGUUCUGUUAUAACAGCGUAUACCGGGCCCAAAUCUUUGAGUUUACUCGCCUGGGUCAAGAUCCUACCUAUAGAGGAGACAAUAUCGACUACCCUCGCUUCAUUAAAGAUCCAGAGUCGCCAAUAGACAAGAUCUGGAACAAGGUAACUGACAGUGGAGAUUGGAAGGAUAGGAGGGAUCAUACUCGAAAAACUCUUCGCAUCCAAGUUCUCAGCGACGACACUACCCUUGAGACGUUGAAACGACUGGCACCUGCACGUGAUCAUCCUCUCCGGUCGUGGAACCUGCACGCUCUCUACACUUCUCAAGGAAACCGGCGCCCGGGGGGGAAGGAUAUUAUAUACUUCAACUAG